CAUGGAUCGGAAAUACCGGAUUAAAUAUGGCUCGCAGAAAAACGAAAAUGGGAAUGGAUUGGAAACUAGCAUCUUGGAAUGUGCGUACAUUGUUCAGACCUGGUGCUCUGAAUGGCCUGACAGAUCAAUUAAAAAAGUACAGGGUGGAUGUGGCUGCACUUCAGGAGGUAAGAUGGAGAGGAUCCCACAUUUUGAAGACCAAGGUCUACACCAUACUAUGCAGUGGAAAUAAUACUAACACCUUUGGAACUGCAUUUGUGGUGCACAAUAACUUACUAGGACAGCUUGUAGACUUCAAGGAUAUUGAUGAGAGAUUGUGCUCAAUAAGGAUAAGAGGUAGAUUCUUCACAAUCACACUGAUCUCCGCUCAUGCUCCAACGGAGGAAAGUGAUGAGGAUGCUAAGGAUACUUUCUAUGAUAGGCUUGAGCAACUAUACCAUGAGGCCCCUGCUCAUGAUGUGAAAAUUAUUCUGGGUGACAUGAAUUCCAAGGUAGGAAGGGAAGAAUGCUAUAGACCAGCAAUAGGCAAGGAGAGUUUACAUGAGGAGUCAAAUGAUAAUGGUACACGACUUAUCGACUUUGCAAUCAGCAACAGAAUGACUAUUGCAAGCACCUGCUUCCCUCAUAAAAAUAUACAUAAGGCAACAUGGAAGUCACCUGAUGGUCAUACACAGAACCAGAUUGACUAUGUUCUCAUAGAUAGACGGCAUGCUUCAGAUAUAAUGGAUGUUAGAGCCUUUAGAGGGGCAGAGAAUAUCACUCUGACCACUACCUGGUGAUGGCAAC